AUGGCAAACUCAAAAUAUGAAUAUGUAAAGGCAUUUGAAAUGCCUGAUACUUUGAUACCAAAUACUUGGAUAGUGGUUCGAGUGGAUGGUAGAUCAUUCCACAAAUUCACAACAAAGCAUGAAUACGCCAAACCAAACGACGAUAGAGGUUUGAAUCUAAUGAAUCGAUGUGCACUUGAAACAUCAAAAGAAUUUACAGAUAUUGUUCUUGCUUUUGGUGAAAGUGAUGAAUAUAGCUUUGUAAUUAGAAAAUCAUGUAAUAUAUUUGAAAGAAGAUCAAGUAAAAUAUCUUCAUCUAUAGUAUCAUACUUUACAAGUCAAUUUGUGUAUCGUUGGAAAGAGUAUUUUGGAGAGUAUGCGUUACAGUAUCCACCGACGUUUGAUUCACGUGCAGUGUGUUAUCCAAGCGACCAAAACAUGCGAGACUAUUUGAGUUGGAGACAGGCAGACACUCACAUUAACAACAUGUACAAUACGUGUUACUGGGCAUUGGUGUUACAGGGUGGAUGCACACCCAAAGAGGCUGAGCAGACAUUAUGCGGAACACUGUCCGAUGCCAAGAACGAAAUUCUAUUCACACGAUUCAAUAUCAACUAUAACAACCUACCACAAAUGUAUCGCAAGGGGUCUGUAAUCUACCGAAAAAUGGUCACCGAACAAGGCAUCGAUUCAAGGACCAACGAACCAACCACCAAAUCUAAAAAACGUCUUGUCAUUGAUCACAUUGAUAUCAUUGCUGACAAGUUUUGGAAUGAUAAUCCUGAUCUUUUAAAAUAA